UCUUUAUGACUUGGUCUGUUCCAUCCAACAUGGCGGUGCUUGAGUCAUGGAAACGACCACAGUGUAAAACAUCCAUGGUUUGAUCUCCACAGCGCUGUUUCAGGUAUACAGAAGUCUCGACCUUUAGGUGGGUUCUCAAGCUCAGGUAUAAGCACACCUGUGCACGAUGGAUGGCGCGACAGACAUGGAGCUGUCUCACCUGGUUGACAUGGUAACCAGGAACCUGAAGGCCACGCCCCUGUACACGGACAUGCGACAGGCAGCUGCAGCUCAGGCCCAGAAGGACUCCUUCCACCUGGGUGACCUAAAGCAGUCCCUCCUGUCUGCCUUGGAGGAGUCGGGAUGGGAGAGGAAACUUCGCAAUGCAGUCUACCGGGAGAUGCUGAUCUGUGCGCAGCGAGAGCUCAGUAUCGCUCCCCCUGAGGAUCAGAAGGAACCGCUCACAUACAUGAGGAAGGCCCAGGGAGCCUGGGAGAAGCGUAUCCUGAAGAGCCUGAACUCCAUGUGCACGGAGCUGAGCGUCCCGUUGGCACGGAAACGUCCGCCGCAGGAGCAGAAGGAGCUGCUCUCGCGCUGGACGGAGCUGGGGACAGAAGAACCCGACCUGUCACACUUCAGACCUGUCUACGCACCCAAGGACUUUCUAGAGGUGCUGGUGAACCUCAGGAAUCCAAACUCUAACUGGACAGAGCAGGCUAGCCACUUUAACCUUUGGGGGCUGGUGCAGCUGCCGCUCAGGACCAAGACCAGAAAACAACUGCAAACCGACUUCAGUGAGCUGUCCAUCAGCGAGCCCCAGGCUGGGGUGGACGACUCCCCCGAGAUCCCCGUCGACGUUUUCGCAUCCGAACGUACCAAGCUGGGUCGCCGCGUGUUGGAGGCCGAGCACAGCCCGCUGGCGCAGCAGUACGCCAAGAAGGGCUGUCCCACGGGACUACGGGGGGCCAUUUGGGCACAGAUCCUAGGAGUCAAGGUUGACAGUGUAGACCAGCUGUACUACCAGCAGCUGAAGUCCUAUGUCAUCCACCAUGACCUUCUCAUUGACAGUCUGAUCUACAAGGAUGUCAAACUCACAGCAGCUAACGAUGACUACUACUUUGUGUUUGAGGAUCUGCUGCACCAGAUCCUCCUCAUCUUCUCCCGAGACACGUCAGUGCUGAAGUGUUUUGCCCACACCAGCGCUACGCCUGCCAAGUCGUACAUCCGGGGCAAACUGGGCAUGGAGGAGUUCCAGGUCACCUACCCACCCAGCGGGGUCAUUCCCUUCCACGGCUUCACCAUGUACGCUGCUUCUCUCUGCUUCGUUUACGACGAACCCGCCAGACUGUACUUCGUCUUCCGAGAGAUGUACACGCGCUACUUCUUCCACCUGCACCACAUGUCCUCCCACCCCCAGGGCAUCGUGUCUCUCUGCGCCCUGUUUGAGUCGCUGCUGCAGACGCACGAGCCAGAACUCUUCUACCACCUUAAGGGAGUCGGGGCCCAGCCGCUGAAGAUCGCCUUCAAGUGGUUGAUGCGUGCGUUUGCUGGCUUUCUGGGCAGCGAUCAGCUGCUACUGCUGUGGGAUCGAGUGUUGGGCUUCAAUUCGCUGGAGAUCUUAUCCGUUCUGGCAUUUGCAAUCUUCUCUUUUCGUCGGACAAACCUGUUGGAAGUGUCGUCGUACGCGGCUGCAGAGGCCGUGCUGUCGGACUUGACUACGCUGAAGUUGGUGCCUCUCUUACAGCUGGCACUUUUUAGUUAGGUAGAACAGGAUUUUGUGAAGUCAGAAACCUCUCAUGACUCCUGCUCUGGGACCACUGUAUAUACUUUCAAACUGGUAUUAUCUGAGCCAAAUGUGAUGGCAAAAAGUUUGUCUAGAAUUGCUGUAAAGUCAUGCUGUUUCAACCAGGUUGGCCAUUUUGUGGGUUUCUUUUGUAUCAAACCUACUUGUAGUAUAUUACGUAGCAUGUCAGUUAUAUUGCAUGUGUACACAGAUUGUGGCCACACAAAAGACAUGGGGGAAACAUUCCUUGCAAUUGUAGUGCUGGUAAGGAUUGUAAAUAAAAAGUGAAGAAAAAAUCUGACUGCAUCUUACCACUCUACCUUAGUACCAAAUUUGUUGAUACCUUCCUUGUAAAUAAAAUGUAUGUGUGAAA